AUGCAGCAACGCGCAAUCAUCGCUCUCAUCGCCCUGCUCGCAGCAGCCGCCAACACCGCGCCAGUCAACUCGGCACCCGGCGUCGGAGCUCUUGCAGCCCACGAUGUCAAGGUCGUUCAGAAUACUCCCCGUGCCCCUCCCACUGUGCCUGGUGUCACCGCUGGAGGUGCCGGCAUAAAGGGAGAAUCCAAGAAGGGCCACAAGUCCGGCGCUGCCGGUCAGCAGGCCGCGGCAGGGGAACAGCAUGCCGUUGAAGGUAGCCAUGUAGCCGGCAAUCAAGGCCAAAAGGCUCAUAAGGAGGGCCAGUUCACGAACAAUGACGAACAGCACGCUGGUUAUGAGGGCCAGGAAGCUGCCAGGCAGGGACACAAGUCCGCUCAGGAACAACACCAGUCCCACGAACACGGCACUGAGGGUAGCCGAGCUGGUAACUACGGUGCUGACCGGAGCGCUUCGAAGAAUGGUGUUGCCCACAACAACAAGAACGGCGCCAACAGUGCCGACAGGGCCUCAUUGGACAAGGCCGACGGCUUCGAGGCCGGAUUCGAAGGAUCCAAGUCCGGAUUCGAGGGAUCCAGAGCCGGCUAUGAAGGCUCCAAGCACGGCAAACAAGGGUACAAGUCGGGUACCGAAGGUUCCCACUCCGGAUUCGAAGGCUCGCAGGGCGCUGCUGAAGGAUCCAAGGUCGCAGCUGAGGGUUCCAGGGUCAAGGCGGAGGGCGAUAAGGAGGAAAGCGGGCUUUCUGGACUUCUCGGUGGUUUCAAAGGCUUCAGUUCGCACUAGAGGUAAAGCUACCAGUCCUCUCUUGUGAUAUUCUAUUCUGGCAUUCACUAACCAUAUUCAGGCUUCGCCACCGAUCCUUAUCAACACCCUUCG